AUCCCAAGAAAGCCUUCUGAUUGGCUGAUUUUCUCUGUGCAUGUCUGUCAGUCAUUGCCGUUUAGCAAGUUCGGUUGAAUUGUUGGAAGUUUUUGUAAAGCAGCUUCAGAAACUCCUUCCGUCUAAAAUGAGUGAUCAACAAAGUGAAAUGAGCACUUUGCUGGAAAAUGAUGGAGAAUCUCUUAAGAAAUCCAACAGUUCAGGCCAAGAAACCCAGCAGCCAUCUCCUUUAGCCCUAUUGGCUGCCACUUGCAGUCGAAUAGAUGAAAAUGACGCACAGGAAGCAGCUCAGAUUGUAAACUCUGCUCAGAUGUCUCAGAAUGCUAAUGGUUGGCAGAUUAUCCCUCAGAUCAUUCCUCAGGUUAACACUGGCUGUGAUAAAGCCUUGUCUCAGAAGCUGGGCGGCAGCGAGAUGGAGCAGCAGCAGUUUGUUUUGUCUCCUACAGCGUUACAGGGUCAGCAGGUCCUUACAGCACUGUCUGGGGUCUUACCCAAUAUUCAGUACCAGGUUAUUCCUCAGUUUCACACUGUGGACGGACAGCAGCUCCAGUUCACUCAGACCUCCCAUGAUGCUUCUGGAACAGGACAGAUACAGCUUGUUUCAUCAGCCAAUGGGAGCCAACCUCUCAUUACCACAGUAACCAAUCAGACUGCAGGAAGUGGAAACAUCCUCACCGUUCCUGGAGUGAUUCCUUUCCAUAACCUCACAUUGGGAAACUCAGUUCUGACCAAUCAGACGCCAUUUAUUAAUAUGCCUUUAGCGCUCAAUAACAUCACUCUACUUCCUGUUAGCACAGGAGCCAGUACAGUGAAAAGUGAUGACGUGUCUAAUGGAAUAAAUCAGCAGCUUGUCCAAAGCCAACAGACAGCAAUAACAGCAGUGUCCAGCUCAGAUGUUAGCAGUACACAUACUCCCAGUUUGUACACAGAAGGUGUUUCAGCUACAAACAGUGUUGUGACUGCCAGCACAGUCCAGAACGUUACAGCAGGACUCUCCGUCCAGUCUGACUGCAGAGAGACACAGCAGAUCCUCAUCCAACCUCAGCAGCUAUUUCAGGGAACGUCCACUUUACCUACUGUCCAAUCAGGAGCCAUUCCUGCAGGUCAUGUGUUCACUGCACACACACUUCCACAAGAUGGCCUGCAGAACCUGCAGAUCCAGUCGAUCAAUAACGGGCCAAUCCUGCUGAGGACGGUGGGGCCAAACGGACAAGUCAGCUGGCAGACCCUUCAGCUGCAGAGUCCUGCUGGAGCUCAGAUUACUGUGGCAUCACUUCCUUCUAUGACAUCAAUUCCUGCACUCACACAGUCUGGCACCAUUAACCUGAACAAUGCCGGAGUGCAGAUGCAUCAACUACAGGAAGUUCCGAUCACCAUCAACACAUCAGGUGAUCAGGGAGCUGGAGGAGAUGUCAUGGACGACACCGUGUUGGAUCAAAGUUUAGACAUGGCUCCGUCGAGUCGCCGCUCCCGCAGAGAAGCAUGCACGUGUCCAUACUGCAAAGAUGGAGACGGGCGCACUGACCCCAGUAAGAAGAAACAGCACAUCUGCCACAUCACAGGCUGUGGGAAGGUUUAUGGGAAGACGUCUCACUUGCGGGCACACCUGCGCUGGCACUCGGGCGAGCGGCCGUUUGUGUGCACAUGGGCUCACUGUGGAAAACGCUUCACCCGCUCCGAUGAGCUGCAGAGACACAGACGCACACACACUGGGGAAAAGAAGUUUUCAUGUCCAGAGUGCCCGAAGCGUUUUAUGCGAAGUGAUCAUCUGUCCAAACACAUCCGUACUCACACGAAGAAGAAGCCAAUGGGAACCUCUGACAGUGGCCCGGACCAGACGCUCAUUACCAUGGAGACGCUGUCACCUGAUGGCAUGGCCCAGUUAGCGAGCAGUGGCAUCAAUGUGGUGCAAGUGGGAGACAUUCAUCCCAAUAACCUCAACACUAAUGGCUUCUAACUGCCACUAACCAGGUGCUGAUGGCUGAGAUAUACAACUGUAUGUUUUUCUUUUUUAAAUACAACCCCAAGCCAUUAAGUAGACAUUUAGCCAUCAUUUAGUCCUCAUUAAGCCAUUAUGAUGUCACAACAUUGUCAGAGUGAAUAAUUUAAACACUUUAUUGCUUUUUUUUUUGUAUAUAAAUUAUAUUUUUCUAAACUCUGUGCCAUUGUGUUGUGUAUGAUUCAUACACAUCUCAUAAUGUUUUAUAUCAAAUUGAUUAACUAGCAUGAGGUGUGUGUGUGAGUGUGAGUGUGUGUGUGUGGGGGGGGGACAUGAACUGAACACACACUGAUACACACUCUAUCGUGUAUUCUCAAUAAAUCAUCUUUCUGUAAUUAAAGGUUGGUGAAUCAA